CCUCAAUUCCUAUUUAAAAUUUGUAUUUUAUUUUAGAUUAAAACAGUUUUCCUAACUAAUAUAAGAACAUGUUGAUGAAAUACUCCUUUAUAAACCAGUCGCUUCUGAAGAGGGCCAGCAUAAACUUCUUCAAUACGCCUUCCUUAGCAUCCUUUUCGCACGAUGCGGUACCAGCGGUUAAAAAGGAAAAUAACGAUGAAAGUUACCAGAAAGAGUUGAAAGUAUUUCAAACAUUCACGAAUGUCACCAGGAAGACUCGUGUUAAAAAGCCGCAGAAACCUCCGUUCGUCAAAAAUUUAUUAUUGAGUGAAUUCGACAAGGAUAUUCUCAGCUAUCCGGAGUUGAACAAGGAGGAUACUAAAAACCUGGAAGAAAACGCGAAGUUGUUGAAGAACGUAAUGAAGCAAAGCCACAUGUCCUCACCUUCGUUAUCGAAGAGCCUCAGGCAGAAUCUUUCUGAUUACAAAGCAAUCGGUUUACAAGCGCCCAAUUUAAUGGACGGGUUGAACUGUAAUGUCUCAGAGAGCUGCAGAAUCAUAGAAUCACUGUCCGAGAAUGAUUUAAGGUGUAGCAUUUUCAACAAUGAACAAUACGGUGUGCAAACAUUAGUUAAAUUCGCCGAUGAUAAACUAAAAACUAAAUAUUUGACUCGGCUUAUGAACGGAGAAUUGUUAUCUGCGACUUGUAUUAGCGAAGGACCUUGCUUUGUAGACACCUUAAAAACGAAUGCUAAGCUGUCUCUGGAUGGAAAAACUUGGAUUCUAAAUGGGGAAAAAGUAUUUGUAGUGAACGCCAAAUCUGCAGACGUGUUGAUUGUAUUCGCUGUAUCUAAAGUCAUUACUAAAGAUGUUCAUCGGGAUGUAAAACUAACGGCUUUCUUGGUAGAAAAAAAUUCACCUGGUAUUAGUAUUAACGAAAUCGACACCAAGGGCAUUGAAAUGGCCAAUGUAAUCUUCACCGAUACUCCUAUUCCGGCAGAAAAUGUAAUAGGCAAAGUGAACGAAGGUCAGAAGUUGUUAGAAAUGUUAAUUACAGAACAGAGACUUUCCGUUAGCGCUGUUUGCGCAACUACAACUAGAACUAUCUUAAAUAACAUGAUAAAUGAGAUCAGUCGAAAUUCUAAUAAUGUAAAUAGGCUGCACGAGACCGAUAAUAUUAGGGAAAAUAUGGGUAAAAUGGCCAUCUCUUUGUACGCAAUGGAAAGCGCCACGUACCUAACGGCAGGUUUGCUGGAUGACUAUACGGAUCAAGACGUUCAAGUGGAAGCGAUUAUAUCGAAAGUGUUCGCUUCUCAAGUAACCACAAAGAGCGCUCUAUCGGCUUUAGAUUUACUGGGUCUAUCUACGCUCUCCGAAUCGCAUUGGCUGCAUCCUCUCCUUCGAGACGCCCAAAGAUUCAAGACAUUACACGAACCCGACGAGGGAUUAAAAAUCGUCUUAGCAUUGCUCUGCUUAGAACAUGCAGGAAAACAACGCAAUGAUGUGAUAAACAGAUUGAGGAAUCCUUUUUUCCACAUAAAUUUCAACUGGAGGCGAAUGUGGACGCAAAGGAGGAAUAACGCGGACAAUCCCAAGUUGGAUUUGGAAUUGCCAGAUCACUUGCAUUUGUCCUUAGAGGGUUCUGCUCAGAAAUUAGAGUAUUGCGUGAAAAGAUUAGAAUAUAUAGCGGAAAUAAUGCUUGUGCGAUAUGGGGUAGAAGUUGUUAAUUACCACAUGGAAUUAAAACGUUUGGCGGAUAUUAUUAUAGAUGUUUAUUUGAUGACGGCGUGUUUAGGGAGAGCCUCGAGGUCUUAUUGCAUAGGUCUUCAAUUUGCCGAAACCGAAAUGUUGAUGGCGGCUUCGUUCUGUAAAUCGGCUUUAACGCGAGUGAAAUAUAACGUGGAACAAAUCAAUUUGGGACAAUAUUUCACUAGCGAUGAAGACUGCAGGGUGAUUUCGAAAAAACUGUUCCAAUACAAGGAAUAUUUCCCGAAACAUCCGUUGACUAGGAAUUUUUAAUUUAGAUGAUUUGUUAGAUUUUCAAGAUUUAUUUAUUAAAUUGUUUUAAAGUGGAUUUAUCGAUGCGUUGAUAAAUUAUUUUGGUACAUGUAAGUUAUAAUAAAUGAUA